GGCCCAUAAAGGUUUAAUGAUAAUGCGUCCAAGAGUCAUCACACAAGCCCAGAUAGUAAAUGCUUAAACGAAGAACGCCACUUGAAACCCAGUGCUGAUUUCUCGGUUCUCGUGCCUUCAACUCCAAAAAUGGUGCCGCCUCCUUCAUGUUCUUCUUUUUGUCUGGCGUUUUUAACGAUUUUAUCUCUUCUGUUGGCGCACGCCACCUGUUCGACGAAACUGCCCUUUCACCCUCGGGAUGUUCUUCCUUUUUUGCCCCGACAGGUUGCGUGGCCACUCUUGAACUCUCUCAAAAGCCCGGUAGACUUGCUGCCGGCAUUUGUGGGUUCCGCCUCGUCGUCAAAUGACACCGUUGAGUGGAAGGGUGCGUGUUUUCAUGAGAACACGGCCUGGAUGGAGUUUCAUAAUAAGUCUGGCUCUGAGUUUGGUGGUGGAACUCUUCAUAUCAAGAUUAGCAAAGCUCAUAGUUGGACAUGCAUGGAUCUUUAUGUCUUUGCAACUCCCUACCGUGUGUCUUGGGAUUACUAUUUUUUGUCCCGGGAGCAUACGUUUGAAUUCAAAGAAUGGGAAGGGAGAUCUGAGUAUGAAUAUGUGAAAAACAAGGGAGUUUCAAUUUUCCUGAUGCAAGCUGGGAUGCUUGGAACACUUGAAGCACUAUGGGAUGUCUUCCCUCUAUUUACUAAUACUGGAUGGGGUGAGAGCUCCAAUAUCGGGUUUCUCAAAAAGCACAUGGGAGCUAAGUUUGAAGAACGUCCUAAGCCCUGGGUUACGAAUGUCAGUGUUGAUGACAUUAAAUCUGGUGAUUUUCUUGCAAUUUCAAAGAUCCGUGGAAGGUGGGGAGGUUUUGAGACUUUGGAGAAGUGGGUCAGUGGAUCUUACGCCGGUCAUUCUGCUGUUUGCUUAAGGGAUUCUGAAGGGAAGCUAUGGGUUGGUGAAUCAGGGCAUGAGAAUGAUCAGGGUGAAGAUGUAAUUGCAGUGUUACCCUGGGAUGAAUGGUGGGAAUUCGAGCUGAACAAGGAUGAUUCCAAUCCACAUAUAGCAUUGCUACCUUUGCAUCCUGAUAUUCGAGCAAAGUUUAAUGAGACUGCUGCAUGGGAGUAUGCUUUAAGCAUGGCAGGAAAACCUUAUGGUUAUCAUAACAUGCUAUUUAGCUGGAUAGAUACUAUCGAUGGCAAUUAUCCACCCCCCUUGGAUGCUCAUCUAGUUGCUUCUGUCAUGACUGUAUGGAACCACAUACAGCCUGCAUAUGCUGCAAACAUGUGGAAUGAAGCCUUGAACAAGCGUCUUGGCACUAUGGACCUUGAUCUUCCUGAUAUAUUAGUAGAAACUGAGAAGCAUGGGUUAUCCUUUGAUGAAUUGCUGACAGUUCCUGAGCAGGAUGACUGGCUUUAUAGUGAUGGCAAGUCAACCUCAUGUAUUGCUUUUGUUCUCGAAAUGUACAAGGAGGCAGGAUUGUUUGAUCCAAUUGCUAGCUCUAUUCAAGUCACUGAGUUUACGAUAAAGGAUGCCUAUAUACUCAAGUUUUUUGAGAAUAACUCAAGCCGCUUGCCAAAAUGGUGCAACGAUAAUGACAAUGUGAAGCUCCCUUAUUGUCAGAUUAAAGGAAAAUAUCGUAUGGAAUUGCCUGGAUACAAUACCUUGGACCCAUAUCCUCAUAUGAAUGAGAGGUGUCCAUCGCUGUCUCCAAAAUACGCCAGAGUGCAGAACUGUUGAACAGCAACAACUCGUAUCCUUCGUCAAAUGAGAGGUGUCAAUCUCUGCUACUGAAAUACUCCAGGUAAGAGGACUGCUGGAACAGCUUCAAUUAUUGCAUCAUGGAAAUUGUUCAAUUAUGGUUGAUGAGGUACUGGUUUCUUGUACAAAUAUCUGAUUUAUGUAUCGAUUGGUUGAAUGUUUGACAACAGAUGUAUAUAUGGUGAUAGGAAUUUGUAAAACUGGCUCGGUUAUCAAAUUGUUGUACUAUGUAAUCGAUAGACGAUUAAUUGUAAUUGCAUUGUUUGUCAA